AUGGUCCAUACAAUGAUUCUUGUAUAUUGUCAUGCAGAUGAGGACAACAAGAAGGAUUCUUCUAUAUCUAUUAUGGAGAAGGAGAAAGAUGCUGAGUCUGAUGCUGUUGUCAAAAACAGAAGCGUUUCAGCUGUCUUGCUUGCAGGAGGGAAGGGCAAGAGGAUGGGAGCUAAUAUGCCAAAGCAGUACCUUCCUCUGUUGGGUCAACCCAUUGCACUCUAUAGUUUCUUGACUUUUUCUCACACGCCUAAAGUCAAAGAAAUCAUUGUCGUUUGUGAUCCUUCCUACAGGGACAUUUUCGAAGAUGUGAAAGGAAAUUCCCAAGCAAAACUCAAAUUUGCACUGCCAGGAAAAGAAAGACAGGAUUCUGUUUACAAUGGCUUUCAGGUUAUUGAUUCUAACUCUGAGCUUGUUUGCGUCCAUGAUUCUGCAAGACCUUUGGUGCUACAAGGAGAUGUGAAAAAUUUUGGUCCAUAUAUAUACAUGAUAACACUAAACACUAAAUAGCCAAAACCCCCCACUAUUCAUUUUACAAACAUUUCAAUCUCACCUCACUUUCAUUAUCACAAUCUCACCUCACUUUCAGUAUCACAUACCAGUAUUAAUGUAGAAAAUACAGCUGAUUAAAUGUAAUAAUAUACUGUAUAUGAUUAUGUAUCUCACAUAUAUACAUGAUAAUUAGAAUUGGUCCCUAUUUGUACCAAUUUUUAUUCAUUACAUGUUAA